CAUAUAGCACAACACGAAAGUUUCUCGAUACAAUAUGCUUGCUUUGAAAGAUUAUGGUAGUAGUGAUGAUAACAGUGAACCUGAAAAUGAGAGUGAAAUUAAAAAGAGGGAGGUUAACUGUAUUGUUGAUUCUACCAACGUUUCUGUCGUUAAUUCUAUUUCUGCAGGAAAUUUGACUGCAUCUAUAAAUAUGCAAAUUUGUUCUGCACCAGAAGUAAUACCAACGGGAACUGAGUUAUGUAUGAAUCAUGUAGAUUCAACUGUGAAAGAAAUAAUGCACAACCCUAAAUAUGAAGAACUUUUUGCGCCGGAUGUUGGUCCAGAAAAUCCAUUUAAAACGCAACAGCAACGUGCUGUAAAAAAUAUGCUUUCUGGAUAUGUAGAGAAAGCUCAUAUAAGUGAGUUUCAGUUUGAAAAUCAAAGAAGAACAUUUGCCAGUUACGGAUAUGCACUAGAUCCGACUGUAGAUGGUAGUGCAGACGAGGGUAAAACAAUUAUUGGUGCAAAAGAUGCAGCUGAAGAAUCUGGUGGUAAAACUGUAUUUGAAAAUACAACAUUAAGGGCUUCUGACAAAAGAAAACGUCACAGAAAUGAUGAUCCUGCAGAUAUUGAAGGAUUCUUGGGUCCAUGGGGUGGAUAUGUGGAUGAAAAACGAAUUAUCAAACCAACUGAGGAAGAAGCUGCGGAAUUAGAAGAAAUAUUAGCGAAAAGAAACAGAAGGGGAAAACCAACAGAGGAAAAACCGCUUGAAGAAAAAACAGUAUUACAUAUUAAAGAUAGUGUGGAUUAUCAGGGCAGAUCAUUUUUACACGCGCCACAGGAUGUUGGGGUGAAUUUGAGGUCAGAGUCACCACCUGACAGAUGUUUCUUACCAAAAGCACAAAUUCAUACUUGGGAGGGACAUACCAAAGGUAUUUCACAGAUCAGAUGGUUCCCACAUACUGCGCAUUUGUUACUUUCUAGUAGUAUGGAUUGUAGGGUGAAGUUGUGGGAAGUUUAUAAAGAAAGAAGAUGUAUCCGAACUUAUUAUGGUCAUCGUCAAGCUGUAAGAGACAUAAGCUUUGAUAAUGAUGGGAAAAGAUUUUUGUCUGCUGGAUAUGACCGUUAUGUAAAAUUGUGGGAUACAGAAACUGGUGCUUGCGUAAGUCGAUUUACAAGCAGAAAAAUUCCAUACUGUGUGAAAUUUAAUCCUGAUCCAGAUAAGCAACAUUUGUUCGUAGCAGGGACUAGUGAUAAAAAGAUUAUCUGUUGGGAUAUACGUUCCGGUGAGAUAACACAAGAAUAUGACAGACAUUUGGGAGCUGUAAACACGAUAACAUUCGUAGAUGAAAAUCGAAGAUUUGUAACGACUUCGGACGAUAAAAGUCUGAGAGUAUGGGAAUGGGAUAUACCGGUCGAUAUGAAAUACAUAGCUGAUCCUUCGAUGCAUUCUAUGCCAGCAGUUACACCCUCUCCUAAUCAAAAGUGGCUGGCGUGUCAGAGCAUGGAUAAUAAAAUUGUUAUAUUUUCUGCAUUAAACAGAUUUAAAAUGAAUCGUAAGAAAACAUUUACGGGACACAUGGUCGCUGGCUAUGCGUGCGGUUUGGAUUUUUCUCCUGACAUGAGUUACCUUGUAUCGGGAGAUGCGGAUGGAAAAUGUUAUAUAUGGGAUUGGAAAACGACAAAAUUGUAUAAAAAAUGGAAAGCACAUGAUGGUGUUUGUAUCGAUGUAUUAUGGCAUCCUCAUGAACCUUCGAGAUUAGCCACAGCUGGUUGGGAUGCAAAAAUAAAAUAUUGGGAUUAAAAGAAUUGUAGAUCGUGUUUUUACAAAAUUUAUUGUGCUUUCUGUUUAUUCUUGUAUUUGUAUUUUAUAUAACAUGUAUAAAUAGAUUUACUCUGUACAUAUAUUUUCAA